ACUGCUUCUCUCGCGCGAGCCCCGACGCUCAUCGAUUUCUCCUUCGGUCCUUCCUCACAAAACCCUAGGGCCUCAACCACCGCCAGUCAUGGCGACGCCGGCGUCGGCCGUCUCCGACGUGGGCGAACCACAGGUCGAAGAGCCCCCUCAGGACGAGGCAGUGGUCGCGGCGCAACCGGAAGGGCCCGAGGCAGGGGCGGCCGCCACGGCGGAAUCCGCAGGGGCAUCCAAUCAAUCUGCCCUCGCGGCGGCAGCCUCCGGAGAUGCCUCGUCCGCUCCCGCUCCUGCUCCCACCACCACUCCCGAUUCUGCGGCGGUGCCACCUCCGGCUUCACCAGCUACGCGCGCAGCACCAGGGCCUCCGCGGCCGCAAUUUGCAGGCUCUCCGGCCUACAUGGCGCCCCCGUCGCUGUCUCCGUCGCCGUCGCCUGCCUUUUCUUAUAACGUACUGCCGAGGGCCCCACCAGCCCCGCAAGUUGGAGGCGGUGCAGCUUCACUACAGCCAGGCUCUUCUCCAGCACGCACAGCUGCUCCUGUGCCUGCAGCAGCUCUUCAGCCACCAGCCCCAGGGCAAUUUUUUGGGAACAGGCCUUCUUUCUCGUAUAAUGUAGUUUCGCAUGCUAAUGCUAGAUUGCCUACUGGUCAGCAGUUUCAACCUGAUGCUGGAACAAACCAUGUUGGUCAAGCUUCUAGAUUUGUUCCACCGGGUUCCUUGCAACCUCCUGCGCCUGGGCAAUUAACUCGCCCAGGUACAACUUUGCAAGGAGCUAUGGCACCUAGUCCUGGAUCUAUUCAGUUGCCAUUUUCAGUGCCAAGGCCAUCCAAUAUUCCUUUUGGUGCUAGCACACAACAGGUCAACUUGGACACUAAUACUUCAAAAUCAGAUGCCCCAAGUGCGUCAAUGGUUAGCCCCCAUACAAUGCAGUUGCCUACUGGCCUGCCAUCAAAUUCCCCCUCAACAAUUACAAGUGCUUCCGGAAGUUCUUCAAUCCCUAUUCAGAUGCCAACACAGUCAUUGCCACCUCGCCCUGAGGUAUUUGGAAGCGCUAGACUAUCUGUACCUGGACAACCUUCUCCAAUCUUCUCAAAUCCAACAAUCCUCCCUGGGAGGCCUACUGUUCCAUCUGCUGCUUCUUUGCCCCAAACGGCACCAUCAUCAAUUGCAAACCCAGGUGUUAUUCUGCAGAAUUCUCAACCACCAUUUUACCCAUCCUAUCCAGGACAUGGUAUUGUCCCACCUCAACCCUUAUGGGGGCACCCCCAUCCUCCACAACCUACUGGGGCUCAGCAGCCUCCCUUCCAGUCCUAUCCUGGUCCUGUAGGCUCCCUUGGCAAGCCAAUGGUUGGGGCUUCUGCUGCAACUAUGUCCUUUGCCAAUGCCCAACCAUCUGGUGUCUCAACUGGUGGAGAUCGGAAAGAACAGACAUCAACAAAUCCAGGAUCUGAACAGCCCACUCUGGCUUCUGCUGAGCCAGAUUCUACAGGACAUGGAGGUCAAGUCAAUGAGCAGCUGGAGGAAAAAAGAAAUACAGGAGUCCAGGAUUCGGAAGCAUGGUCUGCUCACAAAACUGAAACUGGUGUUGUAUACUAUUACAAUGCCUUGACCGGAGAAUCAACUUACCAGAGACCGCCUGGUUAUAAGGGGGAGCCUGAGAAGGUUGCAACACAACCUGUUCCAGUUUCUUGGGACAAAUUGGCAGGUACUGACUGGAGCAUAGUAUCAACAAGCGAUGGAAAGAAAUAUUAUUAUGAUAACAAGCAAAAGGUAAGAUCUAGACCAUGGCUUAGGGCAACUUUAGGGGUGAGCCACAGCUCGCCACAGAGCGUGGCGGGCGUUUCCGGCGCCACAGCCAAUCCCGCUCCCGCAGUUUACUGUAGCGUGGCAGGGGGCGUGCGUGGCGUGGCGAAGUGUGGCUUUCAUCCAAACAGCCCCUUAGUGUACAGCACCUUUGCGUUUUUAAGAUGGGACCCACAUGUGGGGUACUAGGUUGGUACAAAAUGCUUCGGGUGUUUAGCACUACUGUAUUAUGCAAACUAUGACCUACAGUCAGUAUAAUUAAAGAAAAAAUGUGUUCUCAGCUUUCGCAUCCAAUCUUUUCGAGAUUCUUCUUCUCUCACCAACACUUGGCUCACAUACCUUUCCUUCCUUGGCACUGGGUGCUGAACUUAGCUACAGGUUUUCCAAUGCUAGCACCCUGUGUGAUGGCAUAUAAGCCUAGUGUUUGUAUCUUAAUUAUGCUUAAGACUUGCCUUGGCUAUCAAGUUGAUGACUUGGCUUUAUGCUUUUGCUUUAGCACUUUAGUGGUUGGGCUGCUGGCUAUAUAAGCAUUAAGCACAGCUAACCCCCCCCCCCUUUGUAACCGUGAAUUCCAGUUCUCCAAUUCAAUCAAGCGGCCUCGGUCAA